AUGUCGUCUCAAGAAGACCCCAAAGAUACCGACGCUGAACUCGAAGCCUUCAGACGACAAUGGCGUCAAGAAGUCCUGUCGAGGAACAAGCAAUCUGCAUCUGAACAAUCAACCUCGACUUCGCAUCACAAGCAUUCUCACAGCCAUAAGCAUCCUCAUCAACCAUCUUCCGCCCCGAAGCCUAAACCGCACCAACACCACCAUCACGAACACAAUGACCAUGACGAAGUUGCCGACCAAAUCCACUACGACUUGACAGACAAGGAAGCCCAUCUACGUCUAAACGCACCCGAUCAUGCAAGAGAUAUUCUGAAGAAAGAGCCCGGAACUGCCCUUGAACACUAUGAGAAGGCCGUCGAGAAAGAGACCAUGGGAAGCCUGGGUGACAGUGUCGCUCUAUACCGUACCGCUUUCAAAAUGGACGACACGGUCCACGAGAAGUACAAGAACAAGCACUUCCCUCCCUCGGCCUUUCCCCCUAAGCCAAAGGCCCCUGCCCAACAACUCAAUCCUUCUAAUGCUUCACAAACUGUACCCGGUACUGCCCACCACUCGUCCCAAGCUGUACCGCCAACUCUGACAGAGUUGAUCGAUCAAUUCUCCCAUCUUUCCAUCCCCGGCGCUCCAGCUCCUACAGAUGCCGACCCGUCGCCGCCAUGUCCUAUUGCAGAGCUGCCAGGCGAGAUUCUGUCCGACAUUCUGACCUGGACCGCUGUCAAUGAUCUGGGCUCUCUUGCCAAGGUCUCUCUUGUCUGCAAAAGGUUCGCCUAUCUCGUCAUGACUGACGAAGCCAUCUGGAAACGCGUCGCCCAAGGCCCCGAGUUUGGCUUUGGAGGGAUGCACUACAACUACGUCUGCAACCUCAAGGGCGAGCCUCUGGAGCCAGAGCUCGAGGACGACACAGCGUAUCUUUCUGAAGGGCAAGAUCAAGACUCCGAAUCCGAAGGCCAACUCAUGCCUCCCGCGCGUCCCUCCAAGACCAACCCAGAAAUCGACAAUGCGUUGCUGCAUUCACUUUACUCGUCUUCGUGGCGCCAAAUGUUCCGCUCUCGCCCUCGUCUACGUUUCAAUGGCUGUUACAUCAGCACAGUAAACUACCAGCGCCCAGGUGCAACAAACACCUCCUCUUCAACUUGGGGCACGCCCAUCCUCAUUGUAACCUACUUCCGCUACCUCCGCUUCUUCCGCGAUGGCACCUGCAUCUCUCUCCUCACCACCACCGAGCCCAUCGAUGUCGUCCACCACCUGACCAAAGAAAACAUGCGCUCCUAUGCCUCUGGCUCGCUUCUUCCCAACAGCGUCAUGAAAGAUGCUCUUCGCGGCCGGUGGCGGCUCAGCGGCCCGGGUAAUGACCCUGCCUCUGAAAUCGAAGGAGACGUACACAUAGAAACUGAUGGUGUGAUACCUAAAUACAUGUGGAAGAUGCAAUUUGGACUUGGCUCCAGGGCGAAGAAGAGCGCAGGAGGCAACAAAUUGUCUUGGAAGGGCUUCUGGAGUUACAAUCGCUUGACUGACGAUUGGGGCGAGUUUGGACUCAAGAAUGACAAGGCCUUUUUGUUCAGUAGGGUCAGAGGCUAUGGGAUGGGGUACUAG